AUGUCGCUGUUGCACAGUAACUCGUGCGAAUGCACGAAAUCCGAACUUGACAUUUUUACUAUCCCACCUACGCAAACGAGUAUUGAGAAGGCGCAAUGGGAGGAAUUUCAUCCCAUUUCUACCAUUUCUGAUGGAGGACCGAUAGAAUUUUUCGUACCGGGAUCCGGAGAGGAAUACAUGGAUCUCAACCAAACCCAGCUGUACGUCAGAGCCAAAAUCACCAAGGCGGACGGUUCCAACCUGACAGCGGCCGACCACGUGGGUCCCGUCAAUUUAUUUCUACAGUCUCUGUUCAGCCAGAUUGACGUGAGUUUGAACGAGCGUCUGAUUUCCCCCUCCACACCCACAUACCCUUAUCUUGCCAUACUCGAAACACUGCUCAGCUAUGGAAGCGAUGCUAUGAAAUCUCAGCUUACUACAGCAUUGUUUUACAAAGACACCGCCGGCAAAAUGGACAGUGCCGACCCACAGGCGGCAGACGAUGCGGCCAACCAGGGCCUAAAGAAAAGAUACGAGUUCACAAAAAACAGCAGAGUGGUGGACAUGAUGGGACCGAUACACAGCGACAUUUUCUUUCAAGACAAACACAUGCUGAACGGCGUGGAUUUGAAACUGAAGCUGAUUCGCAGCAGCGAAACAUUCUGCCUCAUGGCCUCAGGGGCUAACCCCGCCUACAAAGUGGUCAUUCUAAACGCGUCCGUGUUUGUCAGGAAAGUCAAAGUCAGUUCGGCCGUCAUGCUGGGACACAUGAAGGCUUUGGAGAGAGGCACCGCCAAAUACCCCAUCAAGCGUAAUCUGUGCAAGAUGGUGUCCGUACCCCGCGGUAAUCUGACCCUCACGCAGGACCACGUGUUUCUGGGGCAGCUCCCUAACCGUAUCGUAGUGGGGUGCGUGACCAACCAAGCGUUUAACGGGCAAUAUUCAAAGAACCCGUUCAAUUUCCAGCACAUGAAUAUCAACUUUUUGACGGUGCAUGUUGACGGGGAACAGAUACCGUAUUCACCACUAAAACCUAAAUUCGAGGGAGCCAACAAAAACUACAUCAGAUCCUACCAGACCCUCUUCUCCGGUACGGAUAAAAUGUACCAGGACGAGGGCAACAUCAUUACUCGUGACAGCUACCCCGCAGGGUACACACUGUUUGUGUUCGAUCUGAGUCCGGACUUGUCUGUGGGAGGACACUUCAAUCUGGUGAAGCGUGGCAACCUGAGACUGGACUUGCACUUUGGCACACCACUGGAGGCAACCAUCAACGUCAUCAUCUACGCCGAGUUCAACAACAUCAUAGAAAUUGACCAGGCUCGCAACGUCAUCUUUGACUACAGCAGUUAA